CAUAGAAUAAACGAGUAGCGUAGGUUUGUGGUAUGACAGCGCACGGUGAUUCGGUCUAAUCCAGUCAGCAAUGCUACACAGACACGGGAUUAAUCCGAGAUCAUUAACAAAUGGCUACAUUAAUGGAGCGAUUGGCUUUCUUGCAAAAAAUGCCGACUCUUAUGAAGGCGACGGCAGAUGACGAAGCGCCCUGUCCUGGAUACCUGUUUGAGGAAAUCAGCAAAAUUUCCCAUGAGUCACUGGGCUGCUGCCAGUGUCUUCUUGAAUACCUUCUGGAGCGGCUGCAGGUUGAGUCCUGUCAUGUGAAACUAAAGGUUUUGAAGAUCCUGCUGCAUCUCUGUGGCCACAGUCCUCCACACUUUGUCACAGAGCUGAGGCGAAAUGCCACGUUCAUCCAGGAAGUAACAGUGUACAGUGGCCCUCCAGACUCCGUUCAUGGCAAUGCGCUCUAUCAGAAAGUCCGGGUCUUGGCACAGGAAUUGGCCAGUGUGCUCUUCAGUGACAUGAUGCCCACGGGGUCUGGUAUCUCUCCCUGUAAAGCAGCAUCUCCAACUACAGGAAUGGGAUCUGAGUUUCUCAGAUCAGGAAUGCUGGGAUUUGGAAAUAGCCCAGCAAGAAAAUCAUCCAGUACAGUGGGUAUUUUGGAUAAGAUUCAGAAGGCUGCAGAGGUGGUGGCCAGCGCUGUUCUCCCCCCCACAGAGCACGCUGGUAUUCGACUUCAUGAUAAUCAUUACCGGGCUGUGGUGGCGCCCUCUGCUGUUGUGGAGGUUGCAGUGCCGGCCUGCGCUUACAGUGUCCCUUCAGGCAACCGCAAAGCUUCUCACAGGUGCCCGGGGCAGGCGAGUGGAGGUUGGGAGGAAACAGGCAGUGGCCACAGCUCCUCUCACAACUCCUCUUUCGAGAACGAGCCGAUCGUUCACACAUCACUGAGGGGAAGCAGUAAGUCAGGAGACACAGGCAGCCACUCCGGGGCGAGCCGAGAGAGCGGAGACAGCGUAUCAGAACGUGUGGAGGCUGUACAGUUGGGAGACUGUGGCCAGGAGAUGGCGCUGAUCAGCAGACUGACAAAUGGAUCUAAAAUCUUCCUGUCCAGACAUGAGAGUCAACGUUUCAUCAAAGAGUGUUCUACUUUAAACUGUGAAGUCGUGGUAGAACUUCUCUGUCACAAACUACAGGACCCCUCACAGACCACCCAAAUGAGGGCGCUAUGUGGUCUUGCAUGCCUAAUGUGCACAGAUCUGCUAUCUUUAGAGCAGAUUUUCAGUGUUACACAUGUACGCCUCACCCAGUUGAGUAAGGGGACAGCAGGACCUGUAACAAACAAGGCAAGCAAGCUUCUUAGGCAGUUUGAAGCUCUUUUGGGUACUUCGUUGGAAGGAAGCAAGCAUGAUGCUACUGUGUGUCCUGAAUCAUCCGCUUCUUCACGUUCAGGUCAGCCCUUAAAUCCAACCCUCACUAGUCCUCUUCUCUCAGCACCACUGGAUGCUGCUGUAAAGAAACCUCCAUCCAUAAGUGAAUUACAGGCUCCCUCUGCUGGAAAAGAAGACCAGGAGGACGUUUGUACAAAUUCUGUAGAGAAGAGCAUACAAAAAGAGCAGACUGGUUUUGAAAAUGAAGACAGAACCACAGGCCCUUGUGAGAGCUCUGAUCCAUCUGUAAACCAUCCCAGACUGUCACUGUUUAGUGGCAUGGAGCUGAUAAACAGAGGGAAACCAGUGUGUCUGGUUGAGCCUGUUCCUGUAGAACCAGAAACCCAGACUGGAGCAGAAGCCUUCGAAAACAUCGACAUGGUUAUGGAGAAGAGCUCGGAAAGAACAGCAGAGCCCUCCUCAUCCUCUAGUGGUGAACAAGUGUCUGCCUUCUCCUUCCUCAACCUCUGAGCUGGUGUUGGCUCCUACGUUGUUUAGAUGACUUUCUGUUGUAGAUUUCAAUAUUUUUGGUAGAAUCAAUGGUCCUAUGAGAAAAUAUGACUAGAAUGGAAUAAUAUGGGUGAAGCCUGCAAAAUUUAAGCCUGUACCAGAGGCUUGAAGGUACGAAAAUGCCGUUAUCAAAUCGUCCAGUCCUAUACUUGACAAGUAACUAUGUAUAUUUAGGAUUAAAAGUGAUAUCCACUCAAGGGCAGAUUAUAGAUUAUAUGGUUACUCAGUUCUAAAGAUUAAAAAUGUUAGUAUGCUAGGAUACAUAAGGUUGCCCUCUUGAGUAUGCAUACUUAAAGUCAAGUGUGACACUGGUGUUUACGUAAUAUUUAUGUGUCCAAAUGCUGCUAGUGGCUUAUAAUCAAGUCUAAUGGGGCGUAUGUUCAUUUCUGGUCUGGGUAGAAGGUUGCUGACAAACUGUGUAUAGCAACAGGUGAGCUGCAGGCAGUAUAGUAGGGGUGUAACGAUACGGCGUAUAAUAACGUAGACUAUUUGUCAGAAAAUACCGCUUAUAUCACGUGAGGUGUAAUAAACAUUUAAACUUAAUCGAGCAGACACUACCUCACUCUAAAAAAGAAGCUUCCUCUUGAUCCUGAAUCAGGAGAGUCUACAGGGGUUCAAAAAAAAAAACACACCUCUCUUAAGGAAGCUGUUUUUCACGAGCUAAUACACUAGAAUCCUAAGCUUUACCGACUGACUCAAUCUGGGCUGAAGAAAUCACUGCGAUGAUUGGGAAGUUAAUAGCCGCAGGUAUGAGACUCUACUCGGUAUAGGAGGAUUCAGAAACACGUUUGAGAUACAGAGAGCAAUGACUCUGACAGCACAACUGGCUAACAGCAGAAUUUGAAAUAAAAAAACAAAACUCUGUGCUUCAGACAGGGCUUGUCUGUGCCCUUGAGUCGCUUCUCUUGAGUCACUUCUCUGAGUGUUAAUGUUUAAUUAGGUGUGCUUAAUUUUGUUACAUUCUAAUGCACAGCUUUUGUUUAAUUAUAUGGUUCAAACAAAUUGUCAUUAUUAAGUUUUUAUACCUUUACAGUGUUGAAAUUUUGAAUCAGUUGAAAAUGGAAAUGUAAGGCACAUAAUCCGGCAAUGCUGGUUUUUGCAGUGCUGAAAAUGUAAUUUUUCAAGACACCACUGUAUUGAAUCAGAAUUCUGCAUAUCGUUACAUCCCUACUAAACAUUUAGUAGGUUUACCUGAGAAAAUGGCCAAACAGUGUCAGUAUUCUAUAUAAGUUGUUCAGCGGCCCCAGGUUCGAUCCUGAGCUCAGGUUACUGUGUGGAGUUUCACAUGUUCUCAGCGUGUCUGUGUAGAUUUACUCCAGGUUCUCUGUUUUCCUCCCACCUCCGAAAAACAUGCCGUUAGGUGGUUUGGCCAAAGAAUUGCCCCUGGGUGUGACUCAGUGUGUGAAUGUGUGUGUGCAUGGUGGUCCAGGGUGUAUCCCUGCUCCCGGUGAUCCCGGGAUAGGCACUGGAUCCACUGCGACCCUGACCAGGAUAAGCAGUUACUGAAAGAGAGUGAGUGAAUCCUCAGAGACCAGACAUUUAUCACAGUUCUCACCAUCUGCUCUCAGUAUAUCAAUCAUAACAAAUUGUACAUUCAGUUAAGUACUUGAGUGUUUUGCUGAUGAGAGAAAACCGAUAGGAGACGUACCUCAGGAUUCAUUUCCUCCAGUGUUUACCUUGCCUGACACAUAGUGUGUCUCUUUACAAAUAAUUUAAUGAUACUUUUGUUUUGCACUAUGGAGUUAUUGCUCAAAGCUACUUAAGUCUUCCAAUUAUUUAAAACCUUUAAAAAUGAUCACAAAACACAAGUAUUAACAUGCAAAAUCAUUUCAGUAUAUGUCCUUUUCACCGAUAAUUAGAUGGAUGAAAUCAGCUACAUGUGGUUUUGCAAACUGUGCUGUGUAUAUGUGUGUGUGUGUGUGUGUGUGAGAUGUGGAUCUGCAAUUAGACAUGUGUCAAAUACACUGUAUUAAUCAUAUCUUUAAUUAUACAUAGACACCAACACAAUAAAAUUAUUUAAAAACUUUUAUUGUUGAU